CUGUGUGUUUCAAAAUGACCAAACUGGAGCUGCUGAGCGGCUACCUGACAGAGCGGUUGACAGCGCUGGUCAGGGACAUCCUGGACGUGGUGGAGGACACGGUGAGCGAGUACCGGGAAGAAACGGUCCGGGCCCGGCGAGAGAACGAGAGCCUGCGGAGGCAACUGCGGGACUUCUGGCUCCUGGAGGCCGGGCCUCAGUGUCUGAGAUCCAACAAGUGCACUCUCGGUUCUGCAGCACCUGAGCAGCAUCGUGACCACGAGGAAGUGUCGGGCCCCAAACAUGUCCGAGCACCACCAGCGAGCACGUCCAAGCAGGCAACGGCCAGCCUCACCCAUCCACACGACGCAUUUUACAUGGCGUCUCUUCCCUCCAACUCGCCACCCGCCGCUGUCCUCACGCUCCAUGUGGAUGUGCAGCAGGCACCACCGCCUCCGAUCAUCAAAACUGAACAGGAGGAGUUGAAGGUGACGUCUGCAGAGUCACACGAUCACGUCUCCGUGGACGAAUCACACAUCAGGACAAAGGCAGACGGGACGAUGACGACGGCAGAGCAGCCAGACCCACGGGACACUCAAGGGAAUGACAAAAACUCUUUGGACACGUCGGUGGCCGCUAUCGUCUUUGAGUGUCCCCGCUGCGGCGAGGUGUUCGACCAGGCCACCAGGCUCCGCCUCCACCUGGAGCAGAAGCGCAAGACGUACGCCUGCGACUGGUGCUGCAAGUCCUUUGCGCAGUCGGCCGACCUGCGGCGACACUUGCGCACGCACACGGGCGAGAGGCCGCACCGCUGCACCUUCUGCUCCAAGAGCUUCAGCCAGCGGGGAAACCUGCGACGACACGUGCGCAUCCACACGGGGGAGCGACCGUACAGCUGCACACUCUGCCGCCGCACCUUCAGUGAUGGCGACACGCUGAAGAAGCACAGGCGCACACACGCCAACGAGGACACGUGAUUCCGCUGCUGCGGCCCAACAAUUCAGACAAUAUUCCAUCCCUUCGGUAAAGGAUGCAUGGACAUGUGACCUGAAAGGACAGCAGCUUCUCCACUGGACAUCACCACACAGAAAAGAUGAGCACAUUGUUAAAAAUCUUUGAGAGGAAUGUGAAUAAAGUCUUUACAUAGCGACCUUUGACCUUGACAGAGCAUAGCUGCUGCUAGUGUGAAGAACCAAUGUAGCUUCUCAUCUCGUUGUGUAUCUUAUUCAUGCUUGUCUUCUUUCAGUCACACAUUAGUCCUAAUAACUUUUAGCUACCUCACCACUUCAUGUUUUUAUUUAUUUAAUUUGGUUUAUCUUAUGUGGAAUAAAGUUUUCCAAACAUGCUCCUGGAUAACGCAGUGCUUGAGUGACGUCACUUGCGGCGACAGCUCCUGCCAAUGCGAUCACGUGGUCGUGUGGCGGGAAGGCUCGUACUGGGAGUCCACUUGUGUUAGUGUGUAUGUAUAAAGUGUGUAUUCGACAGAAC